UUUUGCUGUUUGGAUAUACGAUUGAUCUAAUUUAAAUUGUUGACACAGCAUGUUGAAAUUGGAAUAAAUAAGUAACAUAUAGAGUUAAAUUUUACUUUAGUAACUUUAUAGCCUUCUUACCAAGUUAAUGAAAGUACUUAAAUUGAAGUGAAAUGAUUUUCAUGAUUUUACUAGUAAUGCUGAUUUAAUUUUAAAGCCUAAGGCCACAUUUGAACCCUCGGGAUGUCAUUGCUUGCAGCCCCCUCAAGUCAAGCCUCGACAGGAUCUAGUCAGCUGUGUUACUGAAAAUGUAUGCAUUUGAUUGUUAAUGAAUUCGGAUUGACUGUAAAAAGAGAGAAAAUGCCAACAUUAGACAGAAUUUUGGAAUGUUUAUUUAUUUUGAACAUGCUAGUACAUUUUGUUUAUGUCACACCAAAUGACUUUCUUUGCAUGAAUGCAGAUCAGUGUCCAAGAAACAAUGAAAUUGAAAACUACUGUUCGUGUAAGUGUGAAAAGGCUUUGAAUAAAUGGGUUAUCAAAGAUAUAUAUUGCACUGGCUUGACCAGAAAAACUCUUCGUAAUAGUUUUAGAUGGGAAAAAGGUAGCGAGAGAAAUAUUUCAAUUGCCUCUAUGGAAAUAACUUACAGCAGCUUGAAUGAGAUAACCCACAAAGAUUUGAAAAAUCUGAAAGAUUUGAAAAAAUUCAAAAUCUCUUUCAGUAAUUUGACAGUAAUUUCAAACAAUGCUUUUCACAACUUCAAAAUCCUUGACACUUUAGACUUGUCAAACAAUAAUCUAAGUGGGAUAAAGAAAAAAUGGUUCCAAGAACAACAACAACUUACAACUUUAAAUGUCUCUAAGAACAACCUAACUUUUAUUGAAAAAGAAUCUUUCAAGAAACUUCACAAUCUGCAAAAAUUGGACCUCUCUGGAAACAACCUCACUAGUAUUGAUAAAGAUGUAUUUAAAGACUUGAUGAAUCUUGUGGUGCUGAAUCUUUCUGAUAAUCAACUUAAUUCUCUUAAAAGUGGAUUUUUUAACAACAGUCCAAAGCUUUCAGAACUGUACCUUUCAGGCAAUCCUUGGACGUGCGACCCACAACUUGAAUGGCUAUCUGAUCAUGUAGAAAACAAGACAGGAAUGAUUAUAAUGGACUUCUCAAGCAUGCACUGCAUAUCUCCAACUUCCAGAAAACAUUAUUCCAUCACGAAAUGGUUAAGUAUUCGUAGUUUAGAGAAGGAUAUUGAGAAAUCUGACCUUUGUAAAAACUGUACCUGUAAAGAGGAAAGGUCUGAGUGGAUUAGUGUGAACUGUAGCAGCAGAAACUGGACACAGCUUCCAAGAAAGCUCCCAACUAAGACCAGAAGUGUCCACAUGGAAAACAACAUGAUCACAUCUCUUUUUCUUCCACAGAAUGCAACAGCAUAUUGGAAGACUGUGGCUUUUCUGUAUUUAGAAAACAAUUCAAUUGACUCUCUUACACGUAUGGAAGCAUCUAAGGUCUUAAGAAACCUAGUGACACUCCACCUUAACAAGAACAGGCUUUCUGAGAUUCCAAUACAUAUCCUGGAUCAGUUUCCAAAUCAGAUGGACCAACUCCAUCUUUCUGACAACCCCUGGAAAUGUACGUGUAACACAGUUCGCUUCAUGGAGUGGCUACAGGAUCAUCACAAGCAGGUACAAGACAGGGAAGAGGUUCGGUGUCAACGUGAUGGGAGCCAGCUUGGACGAAGAGUUAUAUACCGACUAUUGAAGUCGGAGCUUUGUCCACAGAAUUCUGUGACUGUCAACUAUCUUGAUAUUGUUAUUUGCAUAAUGGCUUUACUGAUUGUUUUGAUUGUUUUUAAACUUUUGUUUGAUUGUUGGAGGCAGCAGAGAACAGGGAAACUCCCAAGGUUUUUCAGUUUUAAGCUAACCUAAAAAUAAACAGUAUUCUUCCAGGAAGAAAAAUAAACAGGAAAGGAAUAGACAAGUUUUCUCCAUGUAUAGGAGACAAAGAAUGUAUUGUUAGAUUCUACAGUUGUAAGUUUUAUAUAUUUCAAUCGAGAAAACAUUGUUCCUUGACGGCAUAUUCAAAAUAUGAAGAUAUAUAUAUUGUUAAAUCAUUUAGAGUCGUUGAAGCUUAACCAAAGAAACUUUAAGUAAGUGAUGUGAUAGGAUAGUUACUUUUUUUCUUACCCAGAAUAAGCUAAUGAACUUACACCUAUUUAAGAUUUUAUUUUUAUUAAAUGAAUCAUAUGAAUUCAUAAAUAAAUUUCCAUCAGUAAAGAUUUAAAAUGUUAAUGCUGUAACUUGCCUAUUGUACAGUAGUGACUGUUUUCUAAAGUAAGUAGGAACUGUUGUUUCUUAUUAAGAUUAGGCAUGCAGGAAAUUAUUAAGUAGGUCUCUUUACUUAUUAUUCUGGCUUUUCUUGCACAAGAAUCUUUUUAGAUAGUUUACUAAAAAGCAGUGGUGUGUGAUGGUUUCUCAAGUGGGUCAUGCAGUAAUAUCUUAAAGUAAUAUACCUCUCGAAUGGGGAAAAAAAACAUACAGAGAACAGAUUUACUCACCCUAUUUGUAUACAGGUCCAGACAGUGAUCUUUCUUUAGAUGAAACUCUCCUGACUUAUUAGCUUGUGAAGUAACAAAUCACAAAAUCAAAUGAAGCAAAGCAUGCGACCUGUAUGUUGUUGAUGUUGAACUUCUGCACAUGCUGUCAUGCUAUUUCAACACAGCAUACUUGCACAGUUUUACCAACAGGUGGUGGCAAUUAAAAUCAUAAAUAAUAUUCAACAUUAAAAACAUUUUAUUUAGGCCUAUCUAUGGCCUUCAAAAAGUUGACGACUCUACAUGUUUCGAUGUUACUGAGGAUGACGUUGUAACGCUGAAACAUGUAGUCGUCAACUUUUUGAAGGCCAUAGAUAGGCCUAAAUAAAAUGUUUUUAAUUGUGUGUACCAGUUUAACAUUGAAUGUUAUUUAUGAUUUUAACUUUAUACACAAGUGCCAAAAUACUAUAAUUAGGUGGUAGCAAUGUCGCUGUAGAAAUCAGGAUACUGCUGGAAGUGCAAGAUUAAGCAUGCAUAAUUUGUGUAGCAUGGCAUGAUUGAGACUAGACAUGCAGAGAUCUUGCAGUAUGAGAUGAGAAUGCUGCCACACCACAAAGAAACACAUAAUAAAAAAAUAUUAAUAAUAAUAAAUAUAUAAGAUACAUUACAUUGCGUAAUGUUAUUGCCAAAUUUUUUGUUUUUGAUUGGUCAUGCCACAUACGACUUGCAUGCCACUGGUAAAAAGUAAGUUUACAACUGCAUCAUCUAGAUCAGGGGUUCUCAAACAUUUUUCCUUGGGCUCCCCUUUAAAAAUAUUUCA